AUCAUGUUUGUCACGGCAAUGACUUACGAGAAGCAAUUCUAUUAUCAAUAUUGUCAAUUAUUGACAAUGGUACCUGUGGUCUCAACGUGUGGCGGUGAAUAAUAUCCUUUUCGUUUUUUAUUUAUAUUCUUAUUUUGUCCUUUUAUUACAACUUACACAUCAAUAGAAUCUUACUUUGCUGAAAGGUAAUGAAUGAUGAAAUUUUCCUUUUAAACAAGAUUGUAAAGUAUUAAGCAACUGAGAAUGCAAAAUAAAAAAUAGUCAACACGCGAGCUAUGCUGCUCAAAAGAAGAAAGGCUUUUUAUUUGACAAUAGCUGUUAUUAUCGCAUCAACCAUAUACAUUGGUGAAUUAACAUUGUUGCUAAAGAUCUUUUCAAAUAGCGUAGACGAUCAAAUUAUCACAGGAUCGUUAAAGCACCAUGCUCAUAGAAAUGAAGCAAUUCAUCAGAAUAUUCAAGCAUUUGAAAGUCGUUACGUUGAUUAUGCGCCAGUAACAGCAAAGGAUGAUCUAUUAAAUGCAAUGUCUACAGAAAAAAACUUAUCAUCAGUUCAGAAGAGAAUUUUUAGUAAAUACAGUUUCAAUGAGUUGGAAAGUGAGAAAAUUGGACUUCUCAGAAAUAUACCAGACAAUAGAUUACAUAAAUGUUUUACCAUAAAAUACCCAGUAAUUUUACCUUUAGCGAGUGUGAUAAUUAUCUUUCAUAACGAAGCAUGGUCGACAUUGCUUCGAACAAUAUACAGCGUUCUCUCUCGCUCACCUCAUGAGCUUCUACUAGAAAUCAUCCUAAUUGAUGAUGGAUCUGAAAUAUUUAAUGGCUUCGGUAAGUUAAACGAUUCAUUCUCUUACCAUUUUAGAAAUUUUGAACUUAAGAUUGUUGAAAAAGUAAGCUUGUUGAGAAUGCCAAAGCGCCAUGGAAUUGUGGGAGCUAGAAUGCUCGGAGCAAGUCAAGCCAUGGGAGAAGUUUUAGUUUUUCUUGAUUCGCAUUGCGAAGCAAACAAAGGUUGGCUUGAGCCACUUUUAGCAAGAAUUAGCGAGGAUCAAACACACGUUGUUACACCUGACAUUGAAGUUAUUGAUCAUAAAACAUUUCACUACGCACAGAGACACGAACCUAGUAUUGGAAUAUUUAAUUGGGAAAUGCGUUUCAAAUGGCGAAAGAUGAAUGCAGAAGAGAAAUCAAGGGAGAUCAGGGGACUACCAUUGAGAUCUCCGACAAUGGCUGGUGGCUUGUUUGCAAUAUCAAAAAAAUUCUUUUAUCGUCUUGGAGCAUAUGACACCAAUAUGACUUACUGGGGUGGUGAAAACCUCGAGAUGUCGUUUAGGAUUUGGAUGUGUGGUGGAACAAUAGAAAUUUUACCUUGCUCAAAAGUUGGCCAUGUCUUUCGUGAUAGAAUGCCUUACAAAACUGACAUGCACUCAACAGACAAGAAUAUAAAGCGCUUUGUAGAUGUCUGGCUAGACGAAUUUAAGCCAUUUGUAUAUACCAUGAAGCAUCCUUCAUUUGCGAAACUGGAUGCUGGCGAUUUAUCAGAAAGACAAAAAUUGAGAAAAAGAUUACAAUGCAAGACUUUCUCUUGGUAUCUUGAAAUGCUCAUGCCAGAAAUGCAAAUUCCUGAUCUGAAUCCAUUGGGAAGAGGAGAGGUAGAAGUGAGACUUGGCUACUUUGAUCAGCGGCAUUGCCAUACUUCAUAUAAACUACAUAAAAAUUAUAUGUUCGCCUGGCAUGUUGUAUUGUGCAGCGAAAAGAGUCCGUGUGAAUCGAUGAUUAGAUUCAGUGACACGUCCAAAAAAUCUAUCUACAAAGCUGCAAAGAAACGUGAGGAUAAGAAAGUUAUUGCAAUAAUCGAUUCUUUUGGGAAAGAUCUUCCCUCGCCAGAGUACGGGUAUCAUCGAAAAUGUUAUAAAAAAUAUACUCACGGCAAGUUAAAAGUCAAAAAGCCUAUACGUGAGCGACAGCGAGAUUCAACAAGAAAAACAGAUCGAAGAGAGGUUUGGAACUCAGAAUGGCAGACAACUUUAGCAAAGGAGUAUUUUUAUCACAGAUCGUGUUAUAUGGAAAUCUGCAAAAAGCGCAAGACAAAACCAGUGGCUUCAAGCAAUGGUGAAACCGUUUUUCAGGAGCUAUCUGCAGUCAUCGAAGAGAAGGUAAUCCUUGGGUGUGAAGUUUGGCGGAUGGUUGAUUUAACUAAGAAAUACUUAGAAAUUGCAGAACGUUUAUUUGGUGCUGAACAUCAGUUUAGCUCACUUAAAGUACAAAAGCUUAAAGAUAAGAUUCAGAAAUCUUUUGGUUCAAAAGUUGGGUUUUGGUGUCCAAAGUACGGCAGUGAGUAA